GCAUAACAUCCCAACCUGGUGAACGCCGAACGGAAAGACUCCGGAUAGCAGUGGCGUAGUGCGAUAAAAAUUUCAUUCCUUCGAAAAGAAUACUACAGCUGUGGAAUCACUGUCACAACAUAACCUCAAAUUGAACUAGAAAUUUAUUUAAGCAUUGACAGUGGUUUAUUUAAUAUUCCAAAAUGAGCAACAGUUUGUGCCCUAGUCGGAGUACUGUUUAUAUAUCUAAUUUACCUUACUCUUUGAAGAACAAUGAUCUUCACCAGCUGUUUGAGAAGUAUGGAAAAAUUGUGCGAGUAACUGUAAUGAAGGACAAAACACAUAGAGGAAGCAAAGGAGUAGCAUUCAUAUUAUUCUUGAAACAAGAGGAUGCAAUUCAAUGUGUAAAGGGAGUUAAUGGAAGUGAGAUGUCUGGAAGAACGCUCAAAGCUAGUAUAGCAAGAGAUAAUAAUAGAACAACUGAAUUUAUAAGAAGAAGGGAAUAUCCAGAUAAAACCAGAUGCUUUGAGUGUGGAGAAUUUGGUCAUUUAAGCUACAGCUGCAGCAAAAAUUUACUUGGAGAAAGGCAACCUCCUCCAAAAAAAGUGAGAAAAAGGAAAAAGAAAAGUAUUGAAGAAAAGGAAAAGGAAUGUUUAAAUUUGAGUAAUGAUGAAGAUGGAUUAGAAGAUGAUAGUGAGACUUUGAGUGCAGCAAUAGCGCUAGAGCAAGAAAAAAUUGAGCUGGAGGAAUAUAGGAUGAAGGUGGCAUCUGGGAAUUAUCAAGAAGAAAACAGAAUCGACAUACCAAGAAAAAGGAUAAAGAAGAGUGCAUACUUCAGUGAUGAGGAAGAAAGUAAUUGAAACUUGUCUGAAUAUUUAAUGAGUAUCAUUCUAAAGUCAUCAAACAAUUUUCUCAAUAAAAUCACUAAAAUCUAUAAAUAUCUUCGGUGUCUGAACAGUGAUAAUGACUUUGCUUACAUAAAGUUGUAAAUUGAGCAGAACAUUUUUUGAGUUCAUUGGGAGUAAAGUGAAAAAUAAAUUAUUUCUAGA